AUGCACGAGGUGCAUUAUGUUCGCUUGAGCUUCGAAGAACUAUCGAUGGAUGCGUUUGUGGCUCGCAUCGAAGCAACGAUGGACGGUGGCGCGUUCAUCGAUGUGCAAAACGCCAAUUUCAUUCGACAACACGACCAGGCAUACAUUUUUGCAUUUGACGGGCCGAUUUCGAGCAGAGGGCUACGUAUAGUGCCUGCAAGAUCAGUCGUUUUACGGAGAAAUGUGCCUCAUUCUGUUCAAAUCUUUGGAGUUUCAAUCGCUCGCGAUUUGCACACAUUCGAUCCAUGUCUGGCCUACUUCCCGUUCAACUAUCCAUUUUUGCCAAGGCUUCCGACCGAUAUGCUUCACUUCAAUCGGUCAUAUCUUGCCGUGGGUGAAAAACUGGUCCUCUGCUACCUGUGGGUUUCUCCAGUUGAAAGCAGUAAAACAAAAAUGAAAUGUCUUUGUGCCACAGAAAAACCAGAGCCGACUUUUAUCCUCCUUGGUCCUAUGGUUUCGCAGGUACUGUCAUACCAACAUGAAGAAAACCUGUUUUUCGGGCUCGGGCCGGAGAGAAUGAGUAUUGUGAAGUCCCAUAAUCUGCAGUGGCCCUGGAUUGGAAUAAACCUGUACAGAUAUCAGAUAGACGGGCUUGACAAAGGAGUCACCCGGGCUACAUAUCUACCUUGGGAAGCCACGGAGGACUUUAAUCCUUAUGUGACGGGUUCAAAAUGCAAACGAUACUCUCAUGGAAAUUGGCAUCGUGAGUCCAUCAAUGUGCAAACGUUGGAUGAGACUAUUAACUGA